AUGCCCAGACAAAUAAAUGGAGGAAAUUAUGUUACGGCAAACUGCAAUCCUUUUUCCAAAUACACUGAAAGAAAUUUAAAAAAUACACGUUUGAGCAAGCAUGGUUUGUUGGUAAGAAAGGUGAUUGAGGAAAACCCAGUAUGGAGGAGACCUCUUGGGAGACCGCUGUGGUUAACGAUGGCGAAAUCUGUACCGGGCAGUCGGAAUUCGAUUAAGGAGGAGCGCAGAGAUAUAUGUAUUACCCCGAGUCCAUCAUCAGAGAAAACCGAUCAGUCGGACUCGUGCACAGAGGGCCCUGUAAUGCGGACAAAUGUUCAAAUCAUACAAUAA